GUGAAAUAUGAGUUUUUCAAUUCCAUGUGUGUGCUCAAGAGGAUAUUUAUUUCAUCUGAUUUAAAAAUUUAAGGAUCAGCUAUGUUGGAAUUUCCUUCUGUGUGGGUUGACAACAGCCCUGAUUCUCUGUUUGAUAUUACUAUCAGGUACUGUAUUAAAAAUCCUAUCACUUUCUGUCGGUAUUUACCAUGGCCUGCAGAGUACCAGCUGCAUGAAGGUUUAUCUUUACCAGAAGAGAUAUGUGAACGGAUGCUACUGUUAAGUAAAACUGAAUUAAAUGAGGAAAGUUUUAAAAAAUUUAUUAGAAUAUUUAAAGAUAAUAAUAGGACUAGAAUACGUCGGGUUGACCUCAGUGAUUCGGGCAUCGAAGAUAUCAGCAUGGAAAUUGUUGGUGAACAUCCAGUUUCUGAACUGAAUAUUUCUGACUGUCAUAGACUGUCAAGAUUAUCUUUGAAUUAUAUAGCUAAACUGAAAGAUAGUUUAAUCUCUUUGAAUAUAGGUUCUAGCAUUCAGAUACUAAAUGAUGAAGACUUAUCUCAGAUUCCAGGAGAUGAAGAUGAUCAUUUAAUACAUCGUUACAUGGGAGGAUUAUUCCAUCAGCAGGUGGGAGAAGCUAUAUUAACAGGAGGUGAUCAUCAUGAUUUUCCACCAUUUUUAGAAUUGCCUCGGCUGCGCAAACUCGCAAUUCACGGUCUGGCUGAUGCCAGAGGAAAUUUCUGUUUUAAGCAACUGUUGAACAGUACUGAGAAUUUGACUCAUGUUGAUCUUACAGGCUGUAGUGUCAGUAAUUUAGAUUACCUGUUCUGUCAGAAAUACCUUGUUUCUCUAGUGCUUUGUGAUGUUGUCGAUGUGGUGGAUUGCAUACGUGGAAUUUGUGAGAUUAAAUCUCUUAGACAUUUAGAUCUGUCUCAUUCCGGUGAUCACCCAUUGUAUUAUGAAAGUCCUAAUGCAACUCUGAAGUGCAUAGUUGAUAGUCUUGAAAACCUGGUGUCUCUUGAUAUAUCUGGCACAAACCUUGCGGGUGGCAGAACUCAGUUAAGGGAUGACAGAAGUGUUAGAGAUGACAGUGAACAACCUAUGGAGGUGCCUGUAACAGAUAUACCAGGCUUGGCCAGCCGAGUGAGAAGGCCACUUGAAUUUCUAGGACUCUUGAACACUGCGCAUGAUGCAUGUUAUCGCCAUCAUAUACCUGCAAAAAGGAUAGCUGGUGAUGCAACAGAAGAACAGAUUUUAACUGCAGGCCAGAUGUAUUGUGCACGGGAAUAUAUGAUCCAGAAAGUAUUAAAUGAUCUGUUUCACAUUUUCCGGUUUUCUACAUGUAACAAUACUAGACUGGCAUUGGAUGUUAUAAUGGAAGCUAUGCGAAUUCAUCUAAAAGUGAAACAUAUUCAAGUAUCUGGAAGUGCUUCAUUAUUUUAUGUUGUGAAAAAUGAAGGUAAAGAUUUUUUCAACAUAAAAAUGCGAAGGAAAAUCAUAAAAGUUUUAUUAGAUGCUAUGUUCUGCCAUUAUUCUGAUGUUACUAUGUUGAGAAAUGGAUGUCUGACUUUAAUUCAUUUUAAAAUUCCUGAAGAUGUGUUUUUUGACUAUGAACGGCUGGUCAGCUUGUUAUUAUUAAUUGUGGCUCAAGAAGAUCCGGAUGACUUUGUGCAGCGGAUUGGUGUUUACUUAUUAAAUAGUCUUGCUUGUCAAGUAGAUGGAGUUCAAAAGCAAUUAGUUGGGGAUCGAGGAGCUAUAACAAUCAUGUUGCAGCUUAUUGAAAAGCGCUUGGCCCGGAAUUUAUGUGAUGAAGUGAUGGAAACUGCAUGGAGUACAAUGUGGAAUGUUACUGAUGAAACUCCUAUUAAUUGUGCCCGAUUCUUGGAAGGAAAAGGAAUGGAUCUCUUCUUGGGCUGCUUGAAUGCUUUCCCUGAUAAACCAGAAUUAUUGAGAAAUAUGAUGGGAUUGUUGGGGAAUGUUGCAGAAGUAAAACAGCUGAGACCUCGUUUAAUGAAAGAUGAAUAUUUAGCUGUAUUUAGUGAACUACUGUACAGCAAAAGUGAUGGGAUUGAAGUUAGCUAUAAUGCAGCUGGUAUAUUAUCUCAUAUCGCAUCAGAUGGACCAGAAUUAUGGGUAGAACAUAACAUCUCUUCAGUAAAACGACAGGAUGUUUUGAGACGAAUGGUUGAGGCUAUUGAACAAUGGAAUUUGAAUACAAAACGUAACAUUAAUUACAGGUCGUUCGAGCCCAUUUUAAGGUUACUAUCUGUUGAUCAUACACCUGAAGCACAGCAUUGGGCUGUUUGGGCUCUAGCUAACCUUACAAGAGUUUAUCCUGACAAGUACUGCUCUCUUCUGAAAGAAGAAUGUGGUAUUGACAUGCUUUUUAAACUGAUGCAGAAACCAGGCUAUCCAAGAAUCCUAGAACUAGCUGAAGCUAUAAUUAAGCAGUGUCAAAAGUAUGAAAAUAGUAGAGUGCAGGAUAUUGAGGAAGAUUCAGAUAUGCUUGAUACAUCAUAGUCAAUGGUUUGAAGCUUAUACAUGUGUAAAUAUCACUGCUAACUGUUAUGAAAAGAAAUAUAUGCCAUUUUAUGCAGAAGAGAAACUUUCUGUUAAACUGUGUUUUAUUUACCUAGUAAAAAUUCAUACUAUAAAGAAAUCCAUCUCUGGGUGGUGAAAUCAACUCUAAGUCAAGAAGCAUUUGUGAAAGUUGUGGAAAUGGUGUAGCUAGACUGUUUUCAAUAUUAAGUGUGAAAUCUGUGUAUGUGGUUUCACUGAAGGUGUGUUAUUUUACUUAAAAAGAGCAAAUAUUGCUGUUUUUAUGUUUAAUGUAAAAUAUGUGUGAAGGCAGAUGUAAUAUAUAAAAUGUGAUAACGCUGAGCCAAAAAGAUAAAAGCUUAAUAGAUUAAAUAAAUACAUAUAUGUCAAAGUUUUUAUGAAAUAAAAAGUAUUUGGAUAAAAGUGAAGUUAAUCUGCAUCUUUAUGGUAUUAAAAAAGUUUAAGGACUAAAUCUUAAGGCAUUAGCCAUUUUAAUGUAUUGAACACUCUUUUUUUUCUUUCUUUUUGGAUUAGUGUUUAUUAUCAUUAAUAUUACUGUUAUACAUGAUGUAUUUGCUACAGUCAUUUAGAAUGGGUGAAAUGUAACUUUAUUAGAUUUCCAUUUUGUGUGCCAAAAUCUUGUGAAAUAUAUUCAAAUUGCUGAAACUUUUAAACCUUCAUUGGAAAUAUAAAAAUUUGAAGGUUUUGACUUCGAAAUGAUUUUAUUUUAGUUCUGUAACUGAAAUUAAAUGUAUGAAAAUAGUAAAUUAAUAUUGUAUGAAUAAACUACAAUUAAUUCUACACUAAGUUUAAUUGUCCUCACCUGUCUGUUGAAAAGCCAUAUACUACAGAAUCUUUUGACACUCAUAUUCAUUUUCAUGGCAUAUAUUGAGAAAUAUUUUGGGAUGAAUAAUAUGGCAUAGAAUUCAAAAAAAUUUUGUUUCAUAUAACUUUGUGAAGCAAAAUUGUUCGUUUAUAAGUUAUAUUCAUUGAAAUACCCAUUUGGUAUUUAGAUAUAAACAGAAGCCAUUUUAAAGUAUGAUUGAUAAUUUCAAAAAUAAGUGAAGUUUUAAACAUGGAAGCUUGUAUGAAAAUAUGCAUAAUAUUGUUUUAAGUUUUGGAAAUAGCUGAAAGUAGACAUAUUUUGUUAUUUUCAGGUUUUUAAUGAUAUCCUUUUUAUAAACGAAGAGCCAUAUGAAUGGUUCAUAUUCAAUUCAAUUUGUUGUUUGUGUGUCUUUUAACGAGUUCAGAUGCAUAUUGUAUAUAUCUUAUUGAUUUGAUUAUAAAUAUACACAUACAUAAAGAAAAUUGCAUUUGUUUCAAAAGGGGGUCAAGAAAUUUCAUGUAACUGCCAAUUUAAUCUCAUGGAAUGAUACAUAAUUUGUCUGAGUGUGUUAAAUUCUAUUUCCACUCUAAAAAAAUAUCAUGAACAUUUAUAUUAUUCUUUUAUAUGUAUAUAUGGAGAAUUUCAUUUGUCUAUAUGACAGUUCUUUGUUAAAUCAAUUCUACAUGAAUGUGUAUUUUUUUAAAAUGAUGAAAUUGUUAAGUGAGACAUAUGUAAUGGUAGUCAAUAGUAGUGAAGAUUUCAUCCUGUUUAAAUUAAAAAAAAACUAAAUGUAUACAAUCUUUGAGCCUUCCCAUUGUAAAUUCAGAUACUGAUGAUUAACAUCAGUAAGGAAUAUGGAAUUGAACUCUUUCCUAAGUCAUUAAAAAUGUAUUGUGUGUAAAAUUUAAAUGAGCUUAGUUGUUAUUAUGGGUCGUUUUUAGUGUGAUAUCGAAAUGAAAAGACAUGUAGUGUAAUUUCAAACUAAAGUCCUGGACUUCUUUCUGAAACUGUCAUUCAGCAUCUGAGUUAUAAAUAUUUAUAAUCAGGUCAAUAAAUUAUACUUUAUAUGUUUAAAUAUCAUACAAAGAAUAAACAUUAAGUUUACUUUGUGGAAUGUGUGAUUUUAGAAAUAACCUUUAGACUUUGAUCAUACGGUAUUUUAUGUGAACUUGAAUAUUUUAAUGAUUAUAACAACUUUUGAAAAUAUCAUAGGUGAGUGCAAUAGCAAUAUGACAAAAAAAAUUAAAGAAAAAUGUAAAUUCAGGUUUUCUGAAUAAAUGUGGAUAGUUAUUUUUGCUGUUUUGUGAAGUUUGGCAUAUAUGGAAUGUCUGCCAGCUAUUAGUCUUUCUAAUAUUGUCUUUAGAAUAACAUAAUAUUCUCUACAUAUGUGAGCAAUGUAAUAAUGCAUAGCAUUUUGUACUUAUUGCACUUUUCAGUGGAUUCUGAAAAUUAUCAAAAAUUUAUGUAUUUAUGAAAAAUAAAAUAAUGAUGUAAAAUAUUUUCUUCAGUAUUCAUAUUGAAAUCAGACAUAAUGACAGUUUAUUUUAAUUAUCUCCAAAUUAAUGUUUAUAAAGUAUGGAUUUUAUAUGCCUGCUAAAAUGUGAAAGAAGAAUAUUAGUUAUGAGAAUUGGAAUAAUAAUGAAAGUAAAACUUGCAGUAGUUUUUAAGCUAUAUUAUUAUUGUGUUAAAGUGCAAAUACAAAAUAAUUUGGAACAGUAACCAAAAGUGAGAGAUUUUUAUGAACAUCUAAAUUGUCUCAAAAAAACCUGAUGAUUUUUGAAUAAUUUGACAACAGAGGACUAGUAAGUACAAUAAUUUGUGCUAUGGAUUACCACAGAUUUUCCCCCUGAAUAACAUGAAUACUAUCUACCUUCAUAUAGAAAAUCCCUUCCUAUUAGGAAAUAGCUGCAUAUAUUUUGCAAUAAUUAAUUACCAAUUCAAUAUGAAAUAGAAAUUUCUAGAAUCUUCUUUAGUUCAUCAAGAUGGUGAUUGCAUAAAAUGUGCAUGUUGAUUUGAAGAAUGCAUAUUUUCCUAAGCUUGCUUUGUGGACGCAAAUUGUAUUCCUGUACAUAUUCUUUGACCAUCUAUACAAUAAAAAAUUUUCUUUAGGUGUCAUUUAUCAAACAUCAUUUUAUUAACACUUGAAGACGUUAUUGUUUUCAUUAAGCAGUUUUUGUAUUUUGACAGAAUAAAAGUUGUUGCCAUUUACAGGAGAUAUUAUCGCCAGCUCUGUAUAUAAGUAAUCCAGUAAGGGGAGGGGAGAAAGCUAUGUUUGAAUAGUUCCUUUUAUUAAGUAAAUGCUAAACCAACUCAAUUUAAAUAAAAUAAUUUUGUGUUCUGUAUCUUGCAUUUAUAAGGAUUAAUUCUUAACCUAUUAAUUAGUACUUAGUUUAAAAUUGUUGUUCAGAUGUGUAUGGGAUGAAUAUUAAACUGAAAUUAGUGUCUUUUAAAAUUAUGACUUUUAAUGAAAAAUUCAUCAAAGUGGCACUUUAUUUAGAAAAUAUUAAGCUAUGAUUUAUAAUUGUGACCUAACAUCCAGGAGGAGCAUCAAAUGUUCAAAAAUAAAAAAUAAAUUAGAUUUUUCUUCUCGGU